AUGCCUCCUCGAUUACCUGCCCUCGCGGCCUCGUGGCGUUCGACGCCCGCCUCGGCCCCCUUGGUAACGUUCUUACUGCCUUUACAGCCUUUCCUGCAGGCUAGGAAUGCUUCAAUUCUCUCCUCGUUGGCCGACAACCCCGGCGCUUACAACAAACGUAUUCGGCGAGGACGAGGUCCAUCAUCCGGGAAGGGGAAAACCUCAGGUCGUGGUCAUAAGGGUCAGAAACAGCAUGGAAAGGUGCCGGCGCGGUUCCAGGGUGGUCAAACGCCGCAACAUAUCGUCCAAGGAGUGAGAGGUUUCGAGAACAAGUUCUCGGUUGAGAUGUCUCCAGUCAAUCUGGACCGGAUACAGUCCUGGAUAGACCAGGGCCGGCUCGACCCUACACUUCCUAUCACUGUGAAGGAAUUGGCAGAGUCGCGGUGUCUUCACGGUGUCAAGGAUGGAGUGAAGCUACUUGCUAAGGGUAAAGAGCAAUUCAAAACUCCGAUCAACAUUCUUGUCUCACGAGCAUCGGCCGAGGCUAUCAGUGCAGUCGAGGCAGUAGGGGGGAAAGUCACGACCAGAUUCUACACGAAAGCUUCUAUCAAGAGGUUGUUGAAGGGCGAGUCGGAAUCUAGCUUCACACCUCUUGCUCAGACACCAGCAAGCGAAGGAGAGUCACCAAUACUAGCAGCAACAGCGACAUCAGCUCUACCAUUUUCCUAUCGCUUACCAGACCCGACGAGCCGUAAAGAUAUCGAAUACUACAGAGAUUCGGCACAUAGGGGCUAUUUGAGCCACCUUGUUGAAGAAGGUCAUGGGCCUAGUUUGUUUUUCAAGACCCCAGGUACUGGAGUCCGCCGAAAGGCAAAGAAGGGUGGAGCUGCUGCUGCUGCAGGAGAGAACAGAUUAUGGUAG